GGUGCUGGGUUUCUUGCGGCUAAUGUAUGUUGUGGAAGGCCAUGCAUUAGGUGGCUGUAUUCUAAGGAGAGUCUGCUUCACUAGUCACUUCCAUUAAGGGGUGUGAACUAUCUCAAAGAAAGCAAGCUAGUCCACACCUUGUCUUGCAAUUCAGUUAGUCAUGGCAUCGAAGUUGCCUCAAUUGCAAUCCAAGGCCACUCAAGCCUCACAAUUUGUGGCCAAGCAUGGGACUGCAUACUAUAGGCAGCUGUUGGAGCGGAACAAGCAGUACAUCCAGGAUCCACUAACUGUAGAGAAAUGCAACCUGUUGGCCAAACAACUGUUUUACACUCGCCUUGCCAGCAUUCCAGGCCGUUAUGAAUCCUUAUGGAAAGAAGCAUGCCAGGUCAAGAAUCUGUGGAAGAAUAGGCAAGAGCUGAAGAUUGAAGAUGCCGGCAUAGCAGCCUUGUUUGGGCUGGAAUGCUUCGCCUGGUUCUGUGCUGGUGAGAUUGUCGGGAGAGGAUUCACGUUCACAGGCUACUAUGUCUGAGAGCCCAACCACCUGAAGGAAAAGCUGCUCUCAGCCAGCAUUUGCCAAGUUUCUCAUUGUAUGGGUGAUUUGAGUUGCUGACCUUCUCUACAUGCAAAAUUCUGUUUCUGGGAGAAAAUUUUGAAGCUGUUGAUUCAGCAGGACAAUCACAAACCUCAAUAACCACCGAUUCCGUGUUGCUUUUUUAAUUCUUUCCAUGUUCCAUGAAGUGACUCCUGAUUUGUUAUACUUGCGUUCUUCCUAUUGCUGCUUAUAUGAUACAAGUGCCGCUACUUAGUGAAUA